CACAUUUCCAGUCUUUCAAUGCACUCUCAACUAGCACCUUUCAGCUUAGCUGACAGCAAGAGUUUGUUCUUGUGGUAAAUCUUUACUCUAAAGCAUCAGGGUGAAAACCAAGGUGGGAAAAAAGACCACUAAAAUGGUGUCAGCAGCUGACGAGUCAAGGGUGCUUUCCCUCUCAGAUCUACCAGUUGAGAUCCGAGUACAAAUACUCGGCCACCUGGAAUGUCUUGAGGAACUGGAAAAUGCCAUUCGUUCCUCUGAAGUUUUCCGUGUUGCGUACGAGUCCUGCAGUCAUAUGGUACUGACAUUGAUGCUAGAAAACGCGCUACACUUUGAUCUAUUCCCGCUAGCGAUAUUGCACUGGGAGCUUUCCCAGACAAGAUGGUGGAAUCAGGAUCAUAGUGAAAAUUGGCUCAAUGUCAGGUUCGAUGCUAUGAAGACCCCGAACUUUAUCUGGACUGCAACAAUGGAGCAAAAUCUUGAUAUGCUACGAUUCUUGAAGCAUGUUCAAUAUUUUGCUCAGGAAUUUAUUGAUUGGGCGCUUCGCCGUUUCCAUGAGAACUUUGGGGGAGUUGAAACCCCGGCAUCACGCAGUGAAUAUGACCGUGUUAUGCGAGGCUUGUAUCUACAAAGUAUCAUAAUACAGGCCACUGUUAGUAGAGGGUGGGAUCAUUCAUCAACUACAACAGAGGAGACUAAACAGUCAGCCUGGAAGAAGUUCGUCUCCUCCUUCCAACCAUGGGAGAUUGAGCAACUGAGAUGUAUGGCGCAAUGGGUCUCUGGCAUUAUUCCGCUACCAUUGAUUUGCUAUUCAUGCGUUCAAGGCAGGUGGCUAGAGAAGGAUCUACCAAAAGAACAAGGCAAGGAACUUCUUACACAUCAUGGAUUGGCACUUCUGCGUGGUGUGGAAAGUAUUGACAACCGCACUGAUCACUACAAGAUAUACAUCAUCCGCGAUUUCUUUGAGGAUUUAAGAGAAUACAGCGAAAAGCUGUACAGAGUUGUGUUUGACCUACUUAAAGACAAACCUUAUAUUGAAGCCGCGGAGCCUCGUUUUAAGAGCGACAAUCCUGGUCCCAAACAGCUUUGGGCUUGGGUUAGGGCGGAUCCUCAAUUUGACGUCUGCAGACUGAAAGAUAAAAUCGGUUAUCCACAAUAUGGGAGUUUAAUCUGGGAUGAAGAAAGAGUCAAAAGGUCUCGCCUGAUGAAGACUUCCGUGUCUCGUUAG